AUGAAGUACUUCUCAUGCCAGCCGGAUACUCAUAACGGGUUUGGUGUGCUCAUUGGCCACACACUCACAUACUUCACCGUGGAGUGCAGUGAUUCAGAGGGGGUAGGUAGUAGCAGUGGUGGUGACUCCCCUGCUGCCUCCGUUAACGACAAGGGUGCGUUGCGUGUGUGUGCGCAGCACAGGGUGACGCUCCCUCAUGACUUUGGCGCGGCGCCGCAGUGCUUCAGUAUGGCGAAUCGCUCCUUGUAUGGGUUUGACAUGGCGAUUGUGGGGGCGAGCACGGGCGUGCUGGCCGUGGUAGUCAUGCCUACCUCUGGCGUCGUCUACUUGCCUGGAAGAAGUCCCGCAUCGUUGUGUACACGCCCCGCGGCAGCGGCAGCAGCGGCAAGACAGGGCGAUCACCGUGCUGUGUCACGUCUACGAUCGCAGUCCUCCACAAGUACAAUAGGACCUUCCUUCCCCUCGCCGCUCUCGUUGGAGCAAUCCGCGGGGUUGGAUUACGGCGUAGGGACCAUAACAUGGAUGCGUGACAAACCACUUGUCUUCGUCGGCCUCAUGUCUGGCCGAGUUGAGUGGUAUCACGUGACCAUCGCCGACCCCAAACAUCAACCAGAGACUGUCAAGGGGUGUGCAGACACCGCCGCAGAGGCAACGGUGGAUGAGUGCUUUCUGAAGGGAAAGAGUCGUGUGGAGCAGCAAAGCAGAGUCGCAUUAUGUGCAGAGGUGGAGUCUGCUGCUACGCUUGCGGCCGAUCCCACUUUGCCGUCGAGCAUAUGGAUGCAUAACAAUUUUGCGCGGCGAGGCGGUACCCGGAGAACCCACGACAACGGGGAUGGAGAGGGUGUGCGAAUCCGUCUGCAGCUUUCGUGUGCCUUGCACGAGACGGGCGCCUUCCUAACGAGUGACUGGUUUUUGGCGACUGGAUUCGUGGUGGCUGGGGCGGAGCGUGCUAUCUACGUGUUCUCCACAGAGCAGCCGGGGGCUCCGCUGUAUUCUGUCAUGCACGUCGGCUGCAGUUUUCUUGCCUGCCAUCCCUUCUUGCCUAUCCUAGCUUGUCUUUCCUUCGGACGCUCGACAGGGAAGGGCAUGCGACCAGAUGCGUGUGUGCUGCACGUCUUUGAGUGGACAGCUGGCGGCACGCUUUCCCUUGCUGCCGAAAAGCGCACGUUCCAUAAAGUUCCGCGCCAGGACGUGUACUACAGCUGCUCGUGGAAGUUUAGUGCUGAUGAGCAACUGGCGAUCUGCAACCUAGAGGAAGGCACUGUGCAUGUUCUGCACCUCGCAAAGGUGGAAAAAGUACUCGAGACGCCGCCGCAGGAAGACACGGGCGCCACCGCAACUUUGUCAGCUGCACUGCCACAGCCGGUCUACACGUUCACCCGGGAACGGGAGGGGCAGCUGCCGCUGCAUUCACUUGUCAACAUUGAGUUCAUUUCCGCCGCGAUGCAUGCCAUGCCGGAGAUAACACCGUGGAUCAAUGCCUUGCCGUCGCACACCACGCGUGGGGCAUUGUUACGGGAACACAUGCUGGCGGAACGCAUGCUGCGUUUCCCCGGAACACGAAACAAAGAACAUCCCCCGCGUGACGGUAAGGCUGCCGCAAGAAGGACAAGAGCCCAGUGCGGGGCUGGCGGUCGCCAUCGUCGUGGGCGGGAAGGUUAUAGUGGAUGUGGUAGCGCUAGCCAUGCGGAUGUCUGCUUCCUUGAGGCUGCAGAUGAGGAGGCUGGCAUCCGGCAGGGCGUGGGUGCUUUUUCCCGCCUUAUUGGUGUGAACUACGCCGGCGAAAUCACGGCCGUUCCACUGGUUGAAGACGCUAAGUUCACCAUUUUAGGUACUGGGCGCUUUGCCGUUGGUGUUUGUGCGUCGGUGUUUUUGGCGGGCGGCAAGUCGGACCCGUCAGACGUGGAGCAGCGCAUGAAAAGGCGGCCUGGCGACCGGCUUCGGCGUUCCUGCCUCUGCCAACGUGCAGGCGCUGCGUGCGUGCAACGACCCGUCGGACGUGGACCUACGUGUCUUGUGUGA